AUGAUCGCCUAUCGAUCUGUCCUUGGAGGGCUACUAACUGUUUUCCCCUUUCACACAGCUUGCUACAAGCUUCUCGGCCGGGUCAUAAGCGGCCGCAUCAACACAACCGUUGACGAGGAAAAUUUGUAUGCGGCCUUUGUGCGGCUCAGCGACGAGUACUCCACCUGGCACCUGGAUAUAGACUAUGGUAGCCCUUGCCCGCGUGACAACAGAUCGUGGAUUACAUAUCGCGGCCAUGAGCUGCUAGUAAAGAAUCCCAUUGAUACAGCCAACAUCUCUACACAUCUCGUCAAUCAGCAGUUCUUGCCCGAGGUAUUGGCGUCUUCCAGCGUGCUGCAAGACCCUUUCGACAGGCUGCCUCACGAAAUCCGUCAGCACCUGCUCGAGUUGCUGUCAAACAGGGACAUUGCAGCCGUGCGAACUGCGUCUUAUCCCAUGCACGCAACCAUACCGUCAAAGGCAGUUUGGAAGCGGCUCAUCGCAGCGCAUAUGCCGUGGCUCUGGGAGAUGGACGCUGUGAUAAGCCGAGGUGCAUAUCGCGAGCUGAACCUGAGCCGCACGAUUCGAGAGCUUGAGAAUUGGACGACUUUCGGCGAUGACAAGACUGAUACAUUCGCUCUCGCAUUGGCCAAUCGAAGGCGGAUUUGGUCCAUUUGCGAGAUCAUCGCCGACGAAUAUGACAAAGUGACGGAUGAGUGCAAAGUCGCGACGACAAAGGAGUGGGUGGAUAUGGGGGAUGGCUCCUUCGAGCUCCAGAUAAAGCCAUAG